UUCAGACUGCUUCAGACUGUGGGCUCACACAGAGGAGAGUCGUGAACUAAGAGCGUGCAUCUGCCUGCACUUUGGUUUGGUCUUCAGAGAUUCACUUGCUCAGGAUUGCAGUGAAAGAAAUGAUGAAAGAGAACAUUUUCUCCUCUGUGAGUUCUGUGUAGGCUCUGUGUGAAGAGAUCGGACUAAGACAGAGAGAGACUGUGAGAAGAGUCAGAGGAUUGUUCUUUAACUUUAGUCACUCAGCGGAGGAGCAACAGAAUGAGGAGAAGGAACGAGUGCCUUCAGGCAGAUGGAGCUUUCACACACUGAGAGUGAGUGUCAAGUCAUGGACAUGUGUCAACUGUGCCGGCGAGGAUGGGCAAACUCGAGGAUGACCACGAGAGGAUAAUCCUCAACGUUGGCGGCACUAGGCACGAGACGUACCGCACCACGCUCCGGACGCUGCCAGGUACACGCCUCGCCCUGCUCGCCUCCAUCCCAUCUGCCGCCUUGUGUGGUUCUGGUUCUGGAUCGGAUGCAGAGUCUGCACUCCUGGACCAUCACCAUCAUCAUCAAAAUCAACAGGUGUGCAUUGGCAAUGAGUACUUUUUUGACCGUCACCCUGGUGUGUUUGCAUAUGUGCUGAAUUACUACCGCACGGGGAAGCUGCACUGCCCCGCCGACGUGUGCGGGCCACUGUUCGAGGAGGAGCUCGCUUUCUGGGGCAUUGAUGAGACAGACGUGGAGCCGUGCUGCUGGAUGACCUACCGCCAACACCGAGAUGCAGAGGAGGCACUGGACGUCUUCGACAUGAACGUGAUGGACAGUGGGAUGGGACAUGAGGAUGAUGAGGAGAAUGAUGAGGUGGACAAGCAUGAGGUGGGAAAGAGGAUGAGGGUUGGAGAGGCAGAGCAUGCAAGGGGGACGAGUUUGAGCCGCGGGAGGAAGUGGCAACCCGUCAUCUGGAACCUGUUUGAGGAUCCAUACUCGUCUCGGGCUGCUCGGUUUGUGGCCUUUGCAUCAUUGUUCUUCAUCAUGGUCUCCAUCACGACCUUUUGCCUGGAGACUCAUGAAGCCUUCAAUACCAUCAUCAACAAGACAGAAACUUUAAGGAACGAGAGUGUGCUUGACUUAGUGCCUCAGUAUGAGAUCGAGACGGAUCCGACGCUCACGUAUGUGGAGGGCGUCUGUGUCCUCUGGUUUACCUUUGAGUUCUUGGUGCGAGUGACAUUCAGUCCAGAUAAACUGGAAUUUGUCAAAAGCGUGCUGAACAUCAUCGACUUUGUAGCUAUCUUACCGUUUUAUCUUGAAGUUGGACUAAGCGGUUUGUCAUCUAAAGCAGCAAAAGAUGUUUUGGGGUUCCUUCGAGUGGUCCGAUUUGUACGUAUUCUCAGAAUCUUCAAGUUGACUCGUCACUUUGUCGGACUCCGGGUUCUUGGACACACCCUGCGUGCCAGCGUGAACGAAUUCUUCCUCCUUAUCAUCUUCCUUGCCCUCGGUGUCCUUAUUUUUGCCACCAUGAUCUACUACGCAGAGCGAAUUGGCGCUAAUCCCAAUGACCCGACCGCCAGUGACCACACCAUGUUCAAAAACAUUCCUAUUGGAUUCUGGUGGGCCGUGGUCACCAUGACAACUCUAGGGUAUGGCGACAUGUACCCUCAAACAUGGUCUGGAAUGCUGGUUGGGGCGUUAUGUGCCCUAGCAGGGGUGCUAACAAUAGCAAUGCCUGUUCCUGUUAUCGUCAAUAACUUUGGCAUGUAUUACUCGCUAGCCAUGGCUAAGCAGAAGUUACCAAAAAAGAGGAAGAAGCACGUUCCACAGGUGGUACAAACUGCAUCUCCAUCUUUCUGCAGGACUGAUCUGAUUUUAGCCUGCAACAGCAAUCCUGUAGAUUUACGUUUGGGACAGAGCCGAGGACUUGAGGGCCACCGAUCAGAAGUCAGUGCAGGAAGUGACAUCACUACAACUCCAGAGGAACGAGUUCCUAUGCAGGGUCGACAUGGUGGAGGAACUUGCUUCCUGUUGGCUGCAAGUGAUUACAGCUGCACUGCUGACUCCACCCUUCACAAAUCAGCUGCGACCAAACCUCUAGCUGAAAUACAACUAAUAUCAGCUAAAAAUGGAGAGGGAGGAGCCAAUACAGACUCAGAUGGAUUUGACGACCUGGAUUGGACAGUAUGGAAUAGAAUAACUUUGUGA